GCGUCAGCCGUGGGCGGGUCCGUGUGGCAGCUGUGCUCAAGGACACACGUGUGUACGCUAUAGGUGACUGCCAUCCUCGGCUUUUUUACGUGACACAAUGCAAUUACGCUUGUCAUAGUUAAUUUACUUGCAAGGAACAAUAGUAAUGAUUCUAGGAACUAGGCUUCCAAAAAACACUUGGCAUUGGUUAAGCUACUAGAAAUUUGGCUGCAAUUAAUAAUAACAAUUCAGAAACUUUUCACAUCGGGGUUAUCGGUGUAUUUUGCCAAAUUUAUAGACGGAUGGCUAGACAAAGUGAAAUGACAGACCGUAAAGACGUCACCGUGGCAUCCAUUAAUGGCAGUGAUGUGCCCGGAGCCACUACUGGAAGCCUCCAUCAAAGAUGUGUGAUGGUGACCAUAUAGACCUGCUCCCAUAGUCGCCCCAGCAUUAUGGAGAUGUGCAAACAUCGGAUACCUCGCCCGGCCCCUCCAAAAUCAAGGAGGUGCUGUAACCAGUUGACGCAGCCACAGACCCCGCUCAGGAUAGUGAGGGCCAACUACCAGUACCUGUACGACUACCCCAACAACCAGUACCUCGACUGUGUCAGCAAUGUCGCGCACGUUGGACACUGCCAUCCAGCCGUGGUUAGGGCCAUGGGGGCUAUGGACACCGCUUUUACCUGCUCUGUGUGGGAUAUUGACUACGGUGAAUUUCAGUACCCGAAAGAACUUCAGAAAAUUCUGCCAGAGGAGUUGGACACAUUACUCUUCUGUGAUUCAGGGUCCGAGGCGGUUGACCUUGCCCUGCAACUCUCCAGACUCUCAACGUCUGGCACAGACGUGAUUGUGGUUAACCAUGCUUUCCACGGAGCUCUAGAUUCUGUCCACCAACUUUCUGCAAAGAUCGACCAAUCUAAGAGUCGACCAAAGGCAGAUUGGGUGCAUUGUGUGGCCCUGCCUGAUCUCUACAGAGGCCAAUACCAGAGUAAUGAUCCACUAGCGGUUGACAAAUAUAUAGCUGAUGCAAAACGUGUAAUGGAUUCGGUCGUACAAGAGGGAAAGAAGAUCGCGUGUUUUAUAGCGGAGCCCAUGCUGACAAUACCUGGUUGCAUUGUUCCUCCCAACACCUGGCUCAAAGAAAUGUACAAGAUGGUGCGAGAAUUUGGUGGACUCUGUAUAGCUGAUGAAGUACAAACAGGCCUUGGUAGAAUUGGUUCACACUAUUGGUCAUUCCAAGCCCAUGAUGUCACUCCAGACAUACUCAUCAUUGGAAAGUCACUUGGCAAUGGGUAUCCAAUGGCAUCCGUUGUGACAUCCAACAAAAUUGCAGCUCUUUUGGGUGAACGCAUAAGAGAGUACCCGUGUACCAAAAUGAUGGAUGCAGCAGGAUGUUCAGUGCUGAAGGUGCUGCAGGACGAGCAGCUUAUGGAGAAUGCUGUUGAAGUUGGAGCACUUCUUAAAACUGAACUGCUUCGUCUUCAGCAAGAGUAUGACUGUAUAGGUAAUAUAAGAGGUACUGGAUUCAUGAUUGGAAUAGAGAUAGUUUGGAGCCAGCUAAGCAAGAGACCUGCUCCUGAGAUAGCUGAACAAAUUGUACAAAGAAUGAGAAGAGAAUAUAUCAUAAUAGCUCAUGAAGGCAAAAAUAGAAACAUUCUACUCCUAAUGCCGCCCAUGUGUUUCACACUCAAGAAUGCCCUCAUGUUUUGCAACAGUUUACAAAAGAUUCUUUUUGAGCUGACAGACACUAUGAUAUUAAAAGCUUUAAGUCUGAUAACUGGAAGGCCUAUAGAAGGAACCAUUGAAGGCCGCCUAGGUAUUGUACAACCACAAAAAGAGAACGAUGAUGAGCUCCCCUCUACUUCAAACGCAAACCCUGACAGUGUUCCAUACAGCUACCAUGAUCUUGACUGAGAACUAAUAUAGGACAUAAACCAGGUACUAAUGCAUGACCCAAAAAUUUAACUGUGCAUAUGAACAUCCAACAUUGUCAGAAAAGGACAACAAAGUGUUUUUCUUAGUGUAUCAAGUAAGUUUUCCCUGUGGAAUAUAACUGUACAUACUGUAUGUGGUAUAAAAUAAGACAGCAUUUUAGAACUUGAGCACAGAUCUGCAUUUUGAUGAGAUUCAGGCUUAUAAUACUGCCAUGUAAUUUGUAGAAAACUUUUGAAAACAAAUUAAAGUUGCAGACAAUUAAGUCGCAAUAACAUGGCUGAAGAUGUGUCCAAACCACACUUCAGAAAAUGAAGAAACUACGAUAAUUCUAUCUUUCCUGGAGCAUUAUAAAGUCUUGUAAUGAUGCACGAUGGACCAAAACUUUAUUUUCCAAUGUGUGGUUUGGACAACAAAUUAAAUUUCUAUAUUAAAAGAAGGGGUUAAAUUUUAUCAUUUUUAUUGCAUAGGGAAAAUAAAUAAAACUAUUUUGUUCCUGCAAAUAUUUAUAAAUGGAGGCAAUUCAAAGAUUAAAUAUCAAAACAUAUUAACUUUGCACUCUUCACUGUUCGUAAAUAACAUAUUUGAAAUUGCAAAAUAACUGAAGACCAAAAGAAACAGACUAUUUAAAUAUAGGAUAAUAGAAAUGAAUGAUGUAAUUUUUUUUUUUGUCAUGUGACUGUUACCAAAGUUCCAAAAUUGCCAUUAUUUUGCUAUUUGUUUUGUAAUAAAGAUUUGUACAUAUAACAACUUCUCCUCUAGUCAGUAAUUCAAAUAGAAAAAACUGAAGUAAAAUAUAUAUUUUGGCCAUAACUUUUGGCACUGCAUGCUUGAGGGAUUUAAAAUUGCAAACAAAAGUUCUUCUUAGAGAGGAGGACUUUCAAUGUUCUAUUUGGAAUAUCUUGCUUAAAGUUUCACGGCCAAGAUUUAAACAUACAAAUGUCAGAUUAUAAAACUACAGUAUUAUCUUGUAUUUUUUAUUGUUUAAGAAAAUAAACUUAUUUUGGUAAU